AUGUCCUCGACGAUUCGAGAAGUAUGGGCACCAAACCUCGAGGCAGAAAUGCGCAAUAUCAGAGAAUUAAUUGACCGGUAUCCUUAUGUCGCAAUGGAUACCGAAUUUCCUGGUGUAGUGGCACGUCCCAUAGGCGCGUUCAAGACCUCGUCGGAUUAUCAUUACCAGACAAUGCGCUGUAACGUCGAUCUGCUCAAGAUUGUUCAAAUCGGUCUUACCCUCGCGGAUGAGGACGGGACACCACCACAAGAUGUGUCUACCUGGCAGUUCAACUUUCACUUCAGUGUAAAUGAAGACAUGUACGCCCCGGAAUCCAUAGAGUUGUUGCAGAAAUCCGGGAUCGACUUCCAGCGGCAUGAGGAAAUUGGGAUCAUGCCUAAUGAUUUUGCGGAGUUGAUGAUUACGUCGGGGCUGGUGUUGACGGACGAGACAAGGUGGAUCUCGUUUCAUAGCGGCUACGAUUUCGGAUACUUCAUCAAACUUCUCACCGCACUCUCAUUGCCUACGACGGAGGACGCCUUCUUCAACGUUCUCAAGACUUGGUUCCCCACUAGUUACGACAUCAAAACCAUGAUGCGUGCCUCGAAACUGCUCAAAGGUGGCUUACAGGACGUAGCGGAUGACCUCGGGAUCAUGCGGAUAGGACCUUCGCACCAAGCCGGCUCCGACUCGCUGCUCACAUCCUCGACAUUCUUCAAGAUGCGAGAGAUCUACUUCCACGACCAGGUUGACCAUGAAGAGUACAACGGCAAGCUCUACGGCCUCGGCGAGACGUUCACGGUCGCCAACGGCAUUCCAGACCCUGGCCGUGGGGGUGCAACGAUCGCGGAGCGAGAAGAUAGAAGUCUCAGCAGGGAUACACAGAACCAGAACUCAGCGGGUGGACAGAACCACAUAGGCAUGUCGCUUCCAACGCCUGCCAUGGGCGGCGCUCUACCGACUCCCUUGCCGCCGAAUGCAACCUUCGGCCCCAUGGGUGCGAACGGUGCAUAUAUACGCACGGCUAUUGGUGUGGGUGGCGGGAGAUAG